GUGGGGCUGGGAGAGGUCCAAAGCUGCUCCAACAAGAGGGCUGACUCACAGCAUCACGUGGGAUUCCACAGACAGCAGAUAAAAGGCUCCAGCGUUCACACAUUUUGGACAGAGAACAGAGUGAGCUGCUAGAGAAUCUGAGAGCCAGAAAUGGAGACCAGCAUGGAGAUCACAACAGCAACCAUCAGCCAAACAGACAGCAUGCCAGCUGACCUAUCAGAAGCCCUGAAGCUAGCCACGAAGGAUUCGCAUGAACUGGCUGAGAACUCUGAGUUCAUGAAAAACUUCCAGAAGGGUCAAGUCACCCGGGAUCAGUUCAAGCUUUUACUGGACUCUCUGUACUUCAUCUACACGGCCCUGGAAGAGGAGAUCGAGAGGAACAAGGAUCACCCGGCCUUCGCCCCUCUCUACUUCCCCUCGGAGCUCCACCGGAAAGAAGCCUUGGUGCAGGAUCUGGAAUAUUUCCAUGGGCCGGGCUGGCGGAGCCACAUCGAGUGCCCGAGGGCUACGAAGAAGUAUGUGUCGAGGAUCCAGCAGGUUGGGCGCCAGGAGCCUGAGCUGCUGGUGGCCCACUCCUACAUCAGGUACAUGGGGGACCUGUCAGGAGGGCAGGUGCUCAAGAAGGUGGCCCAGAAAGCAUUGCAGCUGCCGAGCACGGGCGAAGGGGUCGCCUUCUUCACCUUUGACCGGGUCACCAACGCCACCAAGUUCAAGCAGUUGUACCGCUCCCGCAUGAACACGCUGGACACCACGAAUGGAAUAAAAGAAAAGAUCCUGGAAGAGGCAAACCGGGCCUUCCAACUCAACGUGGAGGUUUUUGCAGAGCUCCAGCAGCUGAAAACUCAGAACCAGACGCAAGGAGUCAGCAUGCCAUCCGACCUAUCAGAAGCCCUGAAACUGGCCACGAAGGACUCUCAUGAACUAGCUGAGAACUCGGAUUUCAUGAGAAACUUCCAAAAGGGUCAAGUUACCCGGGAUCAGUUCAAGCUUUUACUGGACUCUCUGUACUUCAUCUACACGGCCCUGGAAGAGGAGAUCGAGAGGAAUAAGGAUCACCCGGCCUUCGCCCCUCUCUACUUCCCCUUGGAGCUCCACCGGAAGGAUGCCUUGGUGCAAGAUCUGGAAUAUUUCCAUGGGCCGGGCUGGCAGAGCCACAUCGAGUGCCCGAGGGCUACGAAGAAGUAUGUGUCGAGGAUCCAGCAGGUUGGGCGCCAGGAGCCUGAGCUGCUGGUGGCCCACUCCUACAUCAGGUACAUGGGGGACCUGUCAGGAGGGCAGGUGCUCAAGAAGGUGGCCCAGAAAGCAUUGCAGCUGCCGAGCACGGGCGAAGGGGUCGCCUUCUUCACCUUCGACCGGGUCACCAACGCCACCAAGUUCAAGCAGUUGUACCGCUCCCGCAUGAACACGCUGGACAUCACGAAUGGAAUAAAAGAAAAGAUCCUGGAAGAGGCCAACCGGGCCUUCCAGCUCAACGUGGAGCUUUUCCACGAACUCCAAACUUUGACCUCCAGCUCAGAGAGAAACGGUGCCGUGCACAGCAAUGACACAGAGACCAGGAGACGCAUCGUCGCUCAGGGACAAUCAGUACUUACAGGAGCCAAUCAGCAUCCGCCAAAGCACUCAGAUGAUUUGCUGACUCACGGCCAAGGCCUGCGAUUUGCUGUACUGAUUGGUUUAGUUGUAGUAACACUCACUGUUGCAUAUUACCAAUAUGUAUGGUGAGAACUUCAGCAACGAGACACUCUCUCCUCUCUUUCCGUGUUGUUGUACUAACCAAAUUUGGCCAGUUUUUAGAUUCCAUCUCCGUGCAUAGAUUUCUUGCCUCAGUGCUGGGAUAUUGUGGUUCAAUACCCACUCUUCAUGAUCCUCCACUACAGUACUGAGAGAGUGCAGCAUUGUCGGAGGUGUCAGCUCCUGUAUGAAGUGUUACACCAAGGUCCUACUUCUGGAGAAAUUCUUCUGAAGAAGAGCUGGGAAGUUUUCCCGGUGUCCUGGCCAAUAAUUAAUUAUUUCUGAACCACUGUCACAAAAUAAGAAGUUGAUUUUAUCUGUUGAGUAUCACUUUUUUUUUGUGGGAGCUUGCUGUGUUCACAGUGGCUGCCAUGUUUCCUGCAAGCAAUGACUUUUCAAGAGGCACUUAAAUUGACUAUCAAGCAAUUCUGGCUAUCCUCAGGUGGUGAAAGGAACUAGAUAGAUGCAGAAUCCCUCCCUAAAGCUCUGAGGUCCAUGGGCCAGAGUGCACUCACCACAAUGUGGGGCAGGAAUGAUCACCAGUUUCCCAACUCCUAUCAGCCCCUCUGUCAGGGUCAAAGGGGAAACAAGAUCCUGGAGGGUGAGGGGAAUCUGCUCCUAAUCCAUAGGGGGCAUAGCCCUUGCUGUUUUUCCCCUGUUUGCAUGUGAUGGCUUGUCUCUGUGAAUGGAUUCCAAGGGAAGGCCAACACAGGAACAGGAGGAAGCUCUUCAGCCCCUGCUAUACUCAUAGAAUCCCUACAGUGUGGAAGCAGGCCAAUCGGCCCAUUAAGUCAACACUGACCCUCAAACAUCCCAUCC